ACACACGGACAAGGACUGAAUCAGAGCAUUCAAGAGAGAGAUAAUAGGAUCGGAAAGGUAUUUCCCGAGCGAAACCUGAACUCGUCUUGGCGGAAUCUUAGAAAAAGGGAAACGAAGGCCAAGGCUCAGCCUGGAUUUGAUGGCUUACAGGUUCAUUUCUUAUCCUUCCAAGACGAUUUGAUCGAUAGGUCGAUCGAUGGAAAUCCCCGACGCUCAUUUUCUCUCCAAUUUGUUUUAGUUUCAUGAACAAGUUUGGAGUAAAAGUUAGGGUUUGAAGCCCCCAUUUUGUUAUUUCAAUAGAUUGUUAAGAUUGCUACUGGAAAACAGAGUAGGACAUAAAUUGGUCGGUGGUGUUUGUCAUGCCAUUUUCGGGGUCCUCUUCUGUCCCGAGGAAAACAAAGGAUAACAAGUUGGGUGAUUUUAGGGUUAAGAAGAAACUUAAGAGGAUAGAAUCUAUUUGUGAGAAGGCAUAUAAUCGGAACCAUAGUGUGGCUGGAAGGGUGGACCCUAUUGAUCCUAGUAAUGCUGAAGAAAAUGAACUUGAGCUCAGGCGGAGCACUAGGGUCCGAAAGGCUCCUGUUCUACUUGAUUCGUCUCCUCCUCCUCCAAAGAAGCGAGCAAAACUGGGCAAACGGGGUGGGAUGAGUGGUGAGAAUAGAGAAGAGGAUGGAAAGCAAUUCGAGAUAGUCUGCUCUAUAUCUAGGGAUUUGGUUCACAAUGCUGAUGGUUGGAAAUCAAGACUAAGAUCCAGGCGCAGGAAUGAAAGCUUUGUUUUGAGACGGAAAGGGGUGACUUCACCAGGAUUUAGUAGGAAGCUUAGUGAGAACUCGGGAAAGUUCAAAGGCAAAUCAAUUGAGGAUGAUGAACUGUUUCAUGACAAACAAGUAGGGAAGGUAUGUGGAAAAUUGACUAUAUUUAAGUCAAAGAGACCUGGAAGAAUUAAGGCAUCAAGUGCUUUUGAGAAACAGGGCAUUGAUUUGAGCGGUAGUUUGGAGGGUGAUGAAUUGAAUAAUGCAGAAGAGAGACAAAUGAGUGAAGAUGACGAUACACUGAUACUUAAAAAUGAUGCGCUUGAAGAAGAGGAAAAAAUAAUUAACAGCGAAGAGGCACUUGAAGAAGUGAAUGAAGAGAAUUUCCCAUUUGACAGUGAAAGGAAUAAGGCAGUAAAGGGUGCAAGUGUACCUUCACCAACUGUCAAUAUUGAGGAUGAAGUAGAAAUGUGUUCACAUGCUAAGCAAUGCACAGGGUCAGAUCAUAUAAAGCUCAUGGAUCAGGGUAUGCCCGUAGAAUGGUGUGUCGGCAUCGAGUCAGGAGACAAAGGAAAUGAUCUAGAAAUUGGCUUGGCUACUCAUGAUGAGAAAGAAAAUGGUAAUGCUAGUGACGUGAUAAAUAAACAUUCGAGAGUAGGAUAUGAUGAAAAGACAAAAGAUGCAGUAGAUGGUGUUAUCUUCUACAAAAGAAAGGACAAGAGGUCCUGUGAUAGACCUCCAGGAAACCAUAGGAUGAUUGAUGCUUCAAGAAAGCUGAAGAUUAAAGUUGGAAGACGUUGUGGCUUGUGUGGAGGAGCUACCGAUGGAAAACCUCCCAGAAAACUAGUGCAAUAUGUGGCUCAAAGUGAUAAUGAAGCACAUAGUGAGACUUCUGCUUCUGAGGAACCUAAUUAUGAUGAAUGGGAUGGAUUCGGUGAUGAACCUACCUGGCUUGGACGCCUACUGGGCCCCGUAAAUGACCGUUUUGGUAUUGCUGGAGUUUGGAUUCAUCAGCAAUGUGCUGUAUGGAGUCCAGAGGUCUAUUUCGCUGGUUUGGGAUGCAUGAAAAAUGUUAGGGCAGCACUUAGCAGGGGAAGGGUUUUGAAAUGCAGUCGUUGUGCCAGGACAGGUGCAACAAUUGGAUGCCGUGUUGAUAGAUGUCCAAAAACCUACCACUUGUCAUGUGCACGCGCCACAGGUUGCAUAUUUGAUCAUCGCAAGUUUCUCAUAGCUUGUACGGAUCACAAACAUCUUUUCCAACCACAUGGUAGUAAAUAUCUGCACUAUCUAAGGAAAAUGAAAACUAAGAAGAUGAUGCUGGAGCUGAGAAAGACAUCGAAUGAAGCAUGCCGCAAAGAUAUUGAAGCAGAAGAAAAAUGGAUGGAGAAUUAUGGGGAGGAUGAAGAAUUUUUGAAACGUGAAAGAAAGAGGCUUCAUCGGGAUUUAUCAAAAAUUACUCCGGUAUAUAUUGGCGGCGCUAACUCUGAUAGUGGGGUUGAAUUUCAAGGUUGGGAAUCUGUAGCUGGACUUCAAGAUGUCAUCCAGUGCAUGAAGGAGGUGGUCACCAUACCACUAUUGUACCCUGAGUUUUUCAGCAGUCUUGGGCUCACACCUCCUAGGGGUGUUCUUUUACAUGGAUACCCUGGGACAGGUAAAACAUUAGUAGUACGUGCACUAAUUGGUUCAUGUGCUAGAGGUGAUAAACGCAUAGCAUAUUUUGCUCGUAAAGGAGCAGAUUGUUUGGGAAAAUAUGUUGGUGAUGCCGAGAGACAAUUAAGACUUCUGUUUCAGGUUGCGGAAAAAUCUCAACCUUCUAUCAUUUUCUUUGAUGAGAUUGAUGGCUUGGCUCCUUGCCGCACCAAGCAGCAGGAUCAAACUCAUAGUUCAGUGGUGUCUACUUUGCUUGCCCUGAUGGAUGGACUGAAAUCUAGAGGGUCUGUAGUUGUUAUUGGAGCUACUAACCGUCCUGAUGCUAUUGAUCCAGCUUUGAGGCGGCCUGGACGAUUUGACAGGGAGAUUUAUUUUCCAUUGCCAUCAGUGAAGGAUAGAGAAGCAAUUCUCUCUCUGCACACAAAAAAAUGGCCUAAACCUGUUUCUGGGCCUUUACUGAAGUUGAUUGCCAGGAAAACAGUGGGAUUUGCUGGUGCUGAUCUUCAGGCCCUGUGUACUCAAGCUGCCAUUAUUUCUUUGAAGAGGAGCUUCCCCUUGCACCAAUAUCUCUCUGCAGCUGCAGAGAGAGGGCCUCAUGUUAAACAUGCCACCCUACCCAGCUUUACUGUAGAGGAACAGGAUUGGUUGGAUUCUCUUGUGCAUGCAUCACCUCCAUGUUCACAAAGAGAAGCUAGGAUGGCUGCAAAUGAAGUAGUCUCAUCACCUCUUCAUACCUGUCUUUUUCCUUGUCUUUCCCAACCGCUUUGUAAAUUGAUUGUUUCCCUUUAUCUAGACGAGCGCGUCUGCUUACCGCACCGCCUUUUUAAAGCUGCUUCACUGGUAAAAGACAUAUUCAUCUCUGCCUUGGAUAAAAAGAAAAUUCUUACUAGUAAUUGGUGGUUUUAUAUUAAUGAUUUGCUUAAAGAGCCUGAUAUUUACCACAAAGUUGAAGAUGAACUCUCACGUGCCGGAAUUCUGAUUCGAGAUUUUAGAAGUAGUACUUCUUGUCUUCUAGAGGAGAUCUUUGAUGAUGAUGACUCUGCAUUUGGGUAUUCCAAAUUGCACCAUAUUGGUGGUCGUGCUCACUUGAUGGAAACUAUCUUGGGAAAGAAAUCUGGAUUUCGAAUAUUAGUUUCUGGGAAUCCUAGAUGUGGUCAAAGGCACAUUGCUUCGUGUCUUGUCCAUUGUUUUGUUGGUAAUACUGAUAUUCAAAAGAUUGAUAUGGCUGCUAUGUCACAGGAAGGCCAUGGGGAUAUUUUGCAAGGGUUGACAGGAAUAUUGAUGAGGUAUGCAUGCGCUGGAAGAUGCAUAAUUUUUAUGCCAAGAUUAGAUUUAUGGGCUGUGGAGGCCAGUUCAAUGGUUUUUGAAACCCGGGGUGUUGCCCUGUCAGGGAAGCAUCAGUUGUAUGAAGAGAGAUCCCUUGAAGAAAUUAAAAAUGAGAAGUCUUAUCCUGUUGCCACUACUAUGGGACUGGAGUCCAAGAAAGAGGUGAGAGAGGCAUCAGAUAUCUGGAACUCCUUCGUUGAACAGGCCGAGACCUUGUGUGUAUCUAAGCCCUUGAGUAUUUUGGCUACAACAGAUAUGCCUUUUAAAGCCCUCCCUCUUACAAUAAGACAGUACUUCAAAGGGCAGGAAUUGGAUCAGAGUCUCUCAACUCCAUUGGGGGGUUCUGUACCACAAUUUUCAAUAGAGCUGGAUGAUAGUUUCAAUGUUGAUCUAAUAGUUAAUCUAUUUGCAUCAAGACUGUCAAUUGAUUUAGUUGAACACUUUGUUCAGUUGCUUUAUCGUGCAAACCAUAUGCGUACCAUCCCACAAAAUGGUAAUGCUAAUGCUGACAACAAGGAGAAUGUUAUGUUGGCGUGUGUCAACUCCAAACCGGAAACAACUACUGAGCACGAGAGCAAAAAUGUUUCUAUAAAUCACAUUACAACUGCUGUUUCCCCUAACACUAAAACUGGAAAAGGGAUGUCAAGCAUGUUGUUAGCAAUUACCACGUUUGGCUACCAAAUUUUACAAUACCCUCAUUUUGCUGAACUUUGUUGGGCGACAUCCAAGUUAAAGGAUGGCCCGUGUGCUGACAUAAAUGGUGCUUGGAAAGGUUGGCCCUUCAAUUCAUGUAUUAUUCGUCCUAGUAACUCUGUGAAUGAGGUUGCUCUCUCUACCAGCACUGUCAAAAGCAAAGCAAGUUCUGGUAUUGUAAGAGGCUUGAUAGCUAUUGGGUUGUCUGCUUACACAGGCAAAUAUACUUCGCUUCGAGUAGUAUCUUCUGAUGUUCGGAAAGUUCUGGAGCUUUUAGUUGCCAGAAUUAAUGAAAAAGUUCAGGACGGGAAGGACAGAUAUCAUUUCAGCCGUCUGUUGUCUCAAGUUGCUUAUCUUGAUGACAUGGUCAGCAGCUGGCUGUACAUGCUGCAGAGUUUUGAGAUGGAUACCGAGUGUUCAGGGCCAAAGGCAAACUCAACAUUGAAUUGCGUAGGAAAUUCAGAAGAACCUAACCCUUUAAGAAAUACUACUUUGGAAGGUGAUGAUAAUACCUUCCAUGACGCAAGGACAGUAGUAGGAGGUAAUUAUAUGUCAAGGAUGGAGGUCGGCUUUCAACCAAUGGACACAGACCAUUCUAUACCAGUUAAAAAUGUUGCAAGUGCCCUUAAUUUGAAUAUGAAAAUAGUCAAACACAAUCUUGUGAAUGUCGAAGCUAAUUAUAGAGAUCAAGAUGAAGAAGGUGCUUCCCAGUUGAAGAAUUGUUCCCCUUCUGAAAUAAGCAAUCCAACUGAUGCAGUUUCCCAGAAAGGUGGAGAUUGUGGGCCCGCAAUACAUUCUAAUGGACAUGUUGAUAUUGAAAAUGAUCAAGAGGAUGAUGAUGGGUGUGAUACUGAAAAUGAUCUUCGUCGUGAAGAUGAAGAGAGAGAGACAUGUGAUCAUGCUAAUGUAAAAGCUACCAACAUUCCAACAGUUUCUGGUCUUGUGUGCCACCUAGGUUGCUGCAAUGAGUGUCUCGGGAAACUUCAGCGCCUUCUAAGAGAUGCAGUUAAAUGUGAGUUGGGACUUGAGGAGAAAGAGUGUAAGGUAGACGAUGUUAAUGAUUUUGUGGCCUCGGUAUCUGCCAAGUUUCAUUCCUCUCUCAGAUUGUGGUUGCGACCUGAAAACUCAGGGUGUGCGGUGAUGAAGAUCACAGAAUGCAGUUGCCAUGGUACAGAUAGUGCUGUAAAUGCACACUUGGAUCUGUGCCAGAAUUCACAGUACAUAUUUAGAGAUGGUCUACUGACCAACUUUGGGACGUGUAAGGAUGCUUCCUUUCACUGCCAAUUUAAGAAAUUAUGCCUCCAUUCCCUUAUAGAGUGGGUAAAAGUGGGGAAGGAGCCAUAAAUUGAUUGGCAUCGCUUCUGCCAAUUUUGUUUUUCCUUUGGCAUGACAUUGGUAGUGUUUUAGUUUUAUCCCGGGUACAUGGUAUCUAUGUUUUUGUAUACCGGUAAUCGAAUAGAAUUUAUUUCAAAGCAGGUUUUAAUGGCAUCCCUUCGUUUGCAUUAAUAGUUCUAUGCACUAGAUUUAAAAAGCUUCACCUGCAUAACUUCUUAGGCCAUGUUUGGCAGACAAUAAUUUACUUUGCGUUAU